UGGUAACCCGGGGGAAGGUCGCCAGGCGGGACUGAGCAGACUGCAGCCAUGGCCGGGCGUGCCCGUGGGUCAGUGCGCUCGCUGCUCACCGCCUUGCUGGCGCCCGCGCUGUUGGCACUGCUGGUGUCGCCCGCCCGGGGCCGCGGGGGCCGGGACCACGGGGACUGGCACACGGACAGGCUGCUGCCGCCGCUGCCACCCCGCGAUGACGCGCCGCGCGUGGCCCGCUUCGUGACACACGUCUCAGACUGGGGCGCGCUGGCCACCAUCUCCACGCUGGAGGCGGUGCGCGGCCGGUCCUUCGGUGACGUCAUCUCAGUCAGCGACGGUCCCCCGGGCGUGGGCAGCGGCGUGCCCUACAUGUACCUGAGCCCCUUGCAGAUGACGGUGAACAACCUGCAGGAAAAUCCACAGGCUACGCUGACUAUGUCUUUGGCACAGACUGUCUUCUGUAGGAAAAAUGGAUUUGAUCCCCAGAGUCCCCUGUGUGUUCACAUAAUACUCGCAGGAACUGUAACCAAGGUGAAUGAAACAGAAGUGGACUUUGCAAAGAAUUCAUUAUUCAUUCGACAUCCUGAGAUGAAAACUUGGCCUUCCAGCCAUAAUUGGUUCUUUGCUAAAUUAAAUAUAACCAAUAUCUGGGUGUUGGACUACUUUGGUGGACCAAAAAUAGUGACACCUGAAGAAUAUUUUAAUGUCACAUUUCAGUGAAACAGACUGUGGUGAAUUGAACCACACAUGAGAAGUUUCUCUGGGGACUGAAAAGAUGGUUCAGUGGUUAAGAGCAUUGCUACUUUUGGAAAGACCUUGGUUCAGUUCCCAGUACCCACAUCAUAUGACUUACUACUGCCUGUAACUCCAGUUCCAGGGGAUCUGACUCCCUCUUCUGGCCUCUGAGGGCAUCUGCACUCGUGGUGCACUUACAUA